CGGACUAGAAAAAGAAAGGGGAUUUGCAGUGAUGGGAAAGGCUGGGAAAUGGCUGAGAAGCCUGUUGACUGGCAAGAAAGUUAAGGAGAAAGUGAAAGGUAAAUGCACGAAUGAUCAGAAUUGUUCGGUUGUUCCCGAGAAUCCGAGUACUACUCCCGUGUUGAUUCAGCCGCCGUUGCCGCCUAAAGAGAAACAUAGAUGGAGUUUCCGGCGAUCUUCGGGUUCUAUAGAACAAGUUGCCACCACCCCGCCACCUACAGCGGAGGUUGUGAUCCGAUUAACGGAUGACACCAAUGAGAAAGCAGCCGCGGUUGAAGACGCGGCUGCGAAGAUCAUUCAAUCCGUGUUUCGAUCCUAUUUGGCGAGGAAGGCUUUGAGAGCAUUAAAAGGACUGGUGAAGUUGCAGGCACUGGUGAGGGGUCACUUGGUGAGAAGACAAGCCAGUGUUACGCUGAAAUGCAUGCAGGCUCUGAUCACCGCACAGGCCAGAGCUCGAGAUCAGAGGAUGCGAAUGGUUGAGGAUUCCAGGCCUGCUGGCCAAAGGCAAUCGCCCCACCGCAGGUCAACACCGGAUCAUCGGAUAAGGCAUACUUAUCAUGAGAUUGAUGUUGGAAUGGAAGAAAACAUUAAGAUAGUAGAAAUGGAUAGCUAUUCACACCAUUGUUCCUCAAAUCAACCAUACUCCAAGCAAGACAAUCAUCAGCUAUCUCCGGCAACAUCAACUUUGACCGAUAUAAGCCCCGGAGUUUUCAGUGGUCACUUCGAUGAUUGUUUCGUCAUGGCACAUGGCAGUCCACGAUACGUGGAAUCCGAAUCGUACGAGUACCCUUUGUGCCCCAAUUACAUGGCCAACACUGAAUCUUCAAGAGCCAAAGUGAGGACACAAAGUGCACGCAAGUCGAGGCCGGAUUCGAUCGAGAGGCAACCGAGCGGCAGGCGAAGGGCAUCGGUGGAAGGCCGCAAUCAUGUCCCAAAGGCGAUGAGGAUGAAGCGAUCAUCGUCACAUGCCGGUGCUGCAGCGGAUAACUACAAGUACCCGUGGUCGAUCAAACUCGAUAGAUCAUCGAUUUCGCUUAAAGAGAGUGAGUGUGGUUCCAACAGUACAGUUCUCACAAGCACCACCAACGACUGCAGAUCCCAUUUUGGAUAUGAUGUAAGUGUGAAAUAACAC